AUGGCUGGAAUAGGCGAGUUGCCGGUGCCGGGAAAUGCAUACACGCCUGUGCAUAACCCGGUCGUGGUGGUCGGGCCACAGUUCGUGGCACCGUACCCGAUUGACUUAGUCCUCUCAAAGAAGCUAUUCAAACUCGGAGAAGGCCAUUUUGAUAUCACCGACGUUAAUGGCACCCAAAUCUUCACCCUUCGGAAUAAAUUUUUCAGCAUCCGCGAUCGCCGUACUUUGCUCGAUGCCUGCGGUUCUCCCCUCCUCACUCUCCAACAAAAGAUAUUGACUGCGCACAGGAGGUGGCAAGUUUAUAGGGGAGAGAGCACGAACCCUAAAGAUUUAAUUUUUAGUGCAAAAAAGUCAUCGUUGAUUCAAUUCAAGACGGAAUUGAAUGUUUUCUUGGCCCAAAAUUCAAGUGAAUCAGCUUAUGAUUUCAAGGUGAAAGGUAGCUGGCUUGAACGAUCAUGCACUGUUCAUAUUGGGAAUUCCAACACCGUUAUCGGACAAAUGCACAAGAAGCACAGUAUUCAGAGCAUUGUAUUUGAUAAAGAUACCUUCGCCAUCACUGCGUACCCCCAUGUUGAUUACGCUUUUAUAGUGGCUCUUGUGAUAAUUCUUUACGAGAUCAAUGAGGAUCGCAAUGGCGAGGACUAA